CGUCCGUGUUGUUGUUAAGCUCGCGGUGGUCAUCAUGGUGGUGUUUCCAAGCUCUCUGACGGAGGAAGAAGAGGCUCUGCAAAAGAAAUAUGCUAAACUCAAGAAAAAGAAAAAGGCUCUGGUCGCCCUUAAGAAGCAGAGUUCAACCAGCCAAACAAACCAGAGUGGAUUGAAAAGAACGUUGUCGGACCAGCCUGUUGUUGACACGGCGACGGCAACAGAGCAAGCAAAGAUGCUGAUCAAGUCAGGCGCCAUCAGUGCCAUCAAAUCAGAGAACAAGAACUCAGGCUUCAAACGCUCUCGAAUGCUGGAGAUCAAACUCAAGGACCCAGAGAAAGGUCCCAUUCCUGCUUUCUUACCAUUCCAAAGGAGCGUCUCUACAGAUGAGGAGCAACCUGAGUCUGCAAAGAGAGCUCAAAGGAAGUCUCUGUAUGAGAGCUUCGUCAGUUCACGUGACCGAUACCGAGACGAGGACGACGGAGGCGGCAUGUCGUCCGGCCGUGAGAUGGACAGGGACAGAGAAAGAGAGAGAGACCGUGGUGACCGUGAACUGGACAGAGAGCGCGAGAGAGACAGAGAGCGAGAGAGAGAGCGAGAGCGGGACAGAGACAGAGAAAGAGACAGAGACAGAGAGAGAGAAAGAGGAAGGGACAGAGAGAGGGAACCGGAGCGAGAAAGAGAAAGAGAACGAAGCAGAGAGAGGGAACGAGACCGCAACAUGGACCGGGAGAGAGAACGGGAUGGACCUUUCAGACGGUCAGAUUCGUACCCAGAGCGGAGAGGAGUGCGGAAGGGGAAUACGGUGUACGUUUACGGGUCUGGGCUUGUUGAGGACAGCCUGCGUUACGCUUUCUCUCAGCACGGCACCAUCAUCGACCUCUCCAUGGACAACCCACGCAAUUGUGCGUUCAUCACGUUUGAGAAGAUGGAGUCUGCAGAUCAGGCUGUCGCUGAGCUGAAUGGAAGCACGGUGGGAGACAUCCACAUCAAAGUCAGCAUCGCCAGGAAGCAGCCCAUGCUGGACGCCGCCACCGGCAAAUCUGUGUGGGCUUCUCUCGCUGUGCAGAACAGCACGAAAGGCUCCUACAGAGACAAGAGGAACCAAGUCGUCUACAGCGAAGAUUUCCUCGGAUGAAAAUACAAACAGACUAUUUGGGGGCUUUUUUUUUUGUUGUUGUAUUUUUGGCAUAAUAGCUUUUCAUGUUUUUUUUUCUUUCAAUGACCUGUUAGCCAGCAGCGGCCGGCAGAAGGUGUUUCAGGGUUAUGGUUAAAACUUUCUGUUGUCUUUUUGAAUACUAGAUGACUGUAUUUGGGAAAACAUGACGGCUGGUAUGUGAUGCUGUAUGUGGCAGCUUUGCUCAUAAAACUACAGACUCUUGUUUUGUGGAGCUCAAUAAAUAGUAUCCAUACAUUGUUACAUGUGAGGUGAGAGUUUAAUCAGAGUGGGGAUUAUAAUCAGCCUCCUCGAGUAAGAUACUGAACCCUAAAUUGCUUCUGAUUUCUGCUAUAUUGGUGUGUGUGUCUGUUAAUGAUUAGAUCCUCCUGAUGAAGAGGUUUGCUCCGUGUAUGAACGUGACUGAAAUGGUGAAUGUGGCUUGCAGCGUAAAACCUCUUUGAGUGGUCGAAAGACUAAAAUAGAGCUAUAAGUACAGUCCAUCUACCAUUUACUAAUAUCCGCAGCCUUAUGUCACAAGAAAUAAUGGGAUUCUAAAAAAAGUUCUCCCUGACUUGACUCUCUUCCGCCAGGAUUGAUGAUCAUGAGUUUUUAAUCUCGACUAAACACGAGACUUGAGCCACGAUGUUAGAAAUACUGAAAUCAUGGAUCCACAUUCCUUCAUUAUUGUAAAGAAAUGCCUGACUAAACACCAAAAAAAAGGUUUAAUUCAUUAAAAUGUUAAUUUUUUUUACAUGGGUUUUGUCUUUAUAUUUGUU